UCUAAUCGCCGUGGUAAUCUUUUAUUUCCAUCGGACAGUGCUUCAAAAUAUGGUUUCUGAUUUAGAACUUCUUUUAACUUCGUGUCGUUUGACAGAUUUUUGUGGUGCCAAGUGAAAACGUGUCCGAAGGUGCUUCUCCAAUCAAGCAGACAUUUCCCUUCUAAAUGUCAUUCGCCAUAAGCCUGAUUCUUGCGGCAUCAGUUCAAUCAGUGCCACACCGAGGGCGCUCAAGGACAGGUCGUGAAAAUUGAAGUAAAUCCUACUAGAGUUGGUGUGUGGUGAACUGCUAGGGAUACGUUGCGUGUGUUGCUCGUGAUUUUGUGCGUGCGUGUGUGUGGAUUUCACGUGUUUCGACGCCGAGAGAACCGUCACUAUGGUGGCCUUGGAUAUACCGUUCGUGCCAGCGAUCAUUCCGUUCACGGCCUUUCUGUUCGUUCGAUUCGGUGAACGAAUAGUGCCAUUCCAGAGCGAACACAUACAGAAGGAGUAUGACUACAUCAUUGUGGGCGGUGGUUCGGCAGGAGCAGUGCUGGCGAACCGGCUAUCCGAAGACAUCACUGCGACGGUGUUACUAAUAGAAGCAGGCGGCAUAGAAAACGAAGUAUCCGACAUACCACUCAUCGCGGCGACUAUGCAGAUGUCACCGUUGGAUUGGUCCUACCGAACCGAACCUCAGAAAACGUCCUGUUUCGGCCUAGAAGGAAGGAGGAGUCCGUGGCCUAGAGGGAAGGCCCUGGGUGGCUCCAGUGUGAUCAACUACAUGAUCUACAUCCGGGGCAAUCCUCACGACUACGAUCACUGGGCGGAAAACGGAUGCGAGGGCUGGUCGUGGAAGGAAGUGUUCCCUUACUUCCUCAAAUCGGAAGACAACCGUGAUCCUGCAAUUCUGCAGAAUGGUUACCACAAUCACGGCGGUCCGCUCACUGUGUCCACCCCUGCGUACGCGACACCACUGGGUCACGCCUUCAUCGAGGCUGGUCUUCAAAUGGGCUACCCAAAUGUGGACCUCAACGGACCGCAGCAAACAGGUUUUGCCAUACCCCAAGGCACCAUAAGGCGGAGCGCCAGAUGCAGCACCGGCAAGGCGUUCAUCAAACCUAUUCGUCAUCGAAAAAACCUGCACAUCACGCUUUACUCACAUGCCACCAAGAUCCACUUCGACGAGUGGAACAACGCCAGAGCCGUCCAGUUCGAGCGCUUCAAGGUGCCCCACAUGGUGUUCGCCCGACGAGAGAUUAUCCUGUCGGCUGGAUCCAUCGGCAGCACGCAGAUCCUGCUCCUGUCCGGCAUCGGACCCAAACACGACCUGCAAAAGAUGGGAAUUCCCGUCCUUGCUGACCUUCCAGUGGGUUACAACCUGCAAGAUCACAUCUAUCCCGGCGGCAUGAACUUCCUUGUCCGCGAUCCGGUGUCUAUGGUCCAGACUCGUGUGUUCAACCUGAAGCAAAUUCUCCGCUACCUCACAAUAGGAAAAGGCCCUCUUACACUAUUGGGCGGAGUCGAGGGUCUGGCGUUCAUCAACACAAAGUACGCCAACAAGAGCAUGGACUGGCCAGACAUCGAGAUCCAUUAUUUGUCGGGAUCGCCCGUAUCUGACGGAGGACAAACGUUCAGACGUACAGAAGGAAUCUCUGACGAGUUGUGGGAGAAAGUGUACGCGCCCUACGUUUACGCGGACACCAUGUCCGUGUAUCCGGUGCUGCUGAGGCCCAAAUCUCGAGGAUUCGUCAAGCUGCGGUCCCGGAACCCAUAUGACCCGCCACUCCUUGACCCAAAAUAUCUCAGCCACCCGGAUGACAUCAUGACUCUAGUUGAUGCCAUGAAGUUCUCAAUGGCGGUGGCCGAAACGCCGGCUUUCCAGAGGUAUGGCGUCCGAAUGUGGGACUUGCCCUUCCCAGGAUGCGACCACUACAAGCACCUUAGUGACGAAAACCUGGCGUGCAUGGCGCGAUCUUUCACAAACACCAUUUACCACCCCGUGGGCACGGCAAAGAUGGGACCCGUCUGGGACCCAACCACAGUCGUCGACCCGAAGCUGAGGGUCAAAGGAGUCCAGCGAUUGCGGGUCAUCGACGCUUCCAUCAUGCCCACGAUUGUGUCCGGCAACACCAACGCGCCGUCGAUUAUGAUAGGCGAAAAAGGUGCGGACAUUGUGAAGGCCGCCUGGGCGCACCACAGCAACUUCCACCAGCAGUUGCACGAGGCCGCCAAGCGCAAGAGGUGACCACGGUCAGCCAAUAACCGCGCGAGGCAACCGCCGCAAGCGGGGCACGCACUCUUGCCAAAGACUAUUGCCGAGGCAUUGCUCACUACGCCAGCGCCAGGGGCGCGUGCCGCGCACGGUGCGUAAGGACUCAGUGAUCACCGCCGGGCCCGGGACGGGGGCAGUAGACCUGCGAACGGCCCUCGUUAACAACUCAGACACGCAUCCACUGUCCUCGUCGAAAGUAUGCAAGCCACUGUGCGAAACGUCGUUGGUAUUUAGUGAUUCUCAGCGAAUGAACGCCGUGAGCGCAUCAGCACCCUGUUUCAUGCUCGACACUGCAGCUUGAAUCAAGUAUUAACAGCCACUCCGCAUGCCGCCACACAAGGAAUUCUAUACAGCAGCUCUCAUGGCGUGUUUCUAGGUUACAAAAUUGAAUGUGGCACUUGCAGUACUUAAAAGCCUAGCCUCCAAGAUGCCUAGUUGGAUAGGUGCAGUCUGGGGCAAAGUGUGGACACUGCCAAUAACUCUACGAUAAUGAUGAUCAGUUUCACUGACAUUCCCGUUGAAAUGUAGCGGCUGCAACUACCCAGCUAGCCCG